UCUUCCGCUUUUAGACAGGCGCUGAUGGGAACUGGGGAAAGAUGGCGGUUGAAUGCAAUGAUCAAUGGAGGAAUUUUCUUGGCAAGCAUGAGUUAUUUGUCAAACUUCGACAGAAUGUCGAAGCUGAGGUUUUGAGAUCAAAUCGGACGCUUAAUAAAAAUCUCUUUUUCUGCCUGGAUGAUGACUUUUUCGCUUGGGACGAGAAAAACAGUGUUUUGUACACUACAAGUCUCCGGAACCUAAAUACUGAAAAUCCAGAGUUGUCAGACUUCAAGACCUUACUUUGUAUAAACCCACCCUUGUUUGAGGUUGAUUAUCUUCUGGUGAACCCAUCACAGCAUUACGUAGCUCUUAUUGGUGCCAAGGGACUGACUGUAUUGGCCCUGCCCAAGCGAUGGGGAAAGCGGUCUGAAUUUGAAGGAGGGAAAAGCAAAAUAAAUUGCAAAACAAUUCCAGUUGCUGAAAGACUUUUUACCAGUUCUACAUCUUUAGUACUACGACAUGCUGCUUGGUACCCAGAUGAAUCUGAAGAACCUCAUUUACUUUUACUGCUGGGUGAUAACAUUCUAAGGCUUUACAGUUUAAAAGAUCCCCACAGUCCAGUAAGAACACUUUCUCUGUCACAGUCAGAGGAGCAGAGUAUGUCAAAUGCAAGAGGGAGUUCUUAUACAGCAUCACUUGGUGAAGUUGCAGUGGCAUUUGAUUUUGGUCCCUUGGUGGAAGUUUCUCCCGUGUUACUGGGCCAAAAAGGAAAGGCAAAUCUGUUUGCAUAUCCACUUUACAUACUGUAUGAAAAUGGAGAAACAUCCCUUACAUACGUCAGUAUCUCACAUAGCAAUGUCAACAUUGGGAGGUUGCAGGGCCCUUUACCUAUGUACCCCCCAGCUGAAGACAACUAUGGAUAUUAUGCCUGUGCAAUACUGUGCUUGUCUCAUGUGCCAAACGUACUGGUUAUUGCUACAGAGUCAGGAUUAUUAUAUCACUGUGUUGUCCUGGAAGCAGAGGAAGAUGAUGACCAGACGUUCACUGAAUCUUGGGAUUCCAAGUUGGAGCUUGUUCCCUCUCUCUACGUGUUUGAGUGUGUGACUCUGGAACUAGCUUUGAAACUUGCCCCUGGUGAAGACGAGCAGCUGGAAUCUGAUUUCACCUGCCCAAUCAAGUUACACAGAGAUCCAUUGUGCAACAUUAGAUAUCACUGUACACAUGAAGCUGGAGUUCACACUGUUGGCCUGAUGUGGAUCAGCAAACUGCAGAAGUACAUUCAUUCAGGUGAUGAGGACAAGGAUAGCCUGCAAGAGCUAGCAGCAGAGCAGAAAUGCAUUGUGGAACACAUCUUGUGCACCAAACCACUGCCAUGCAGACAGUCUUCACCUAUCAAAGGCUUCUUAAUUGUACCAGAUCUAAGCCUUGGAGCAACACUUGUCUGUGUGACUAGUACCUAUGAGUGCAUCCCAAGGCCUAUCCUUACUGUAGUGCGACCUUCUUCACCACCUCUUUUGUGCUCUGAAGAAGACAGAGGGCCUGUAACAUCUCCCUUGAAGGCAUUAGCCAGUGAUUCAUUUGAAAAGCACAUUCGAAAUAUUCUAAGUCGUGUAUCUGCCAAUCCUGUAUUCAUAAGGUCAUCUGAUAAAGACAAUGCCCCUCCACCUCAGGAAUGUCUUCAGCUACUUAGCCGAGCUACUCAGGUGUUCAGAGAAGAGUACAUUCUCAAACAGGAUCUAGCAAGAGAAGAAAUACAGCGCAGGUAA